AAAAAUACUUUGCAUCUAAAUUCUAUCUUAUUAUAAUAGCAGUAAAGAUGUUCAAUUGUAUACUUGAGCGUGUAACGUAUAGAAAAUAGUCCGAAUAGUCUCAUUCGUAGUAAAAAAUGACGACACUAGGGAAAUAUUUUUAAUUGGUCAAAACAAAGGGAAAGACCAGUGAAGACGCAUGAAUGGACUGCGUUGCGUUACGUAGUGUGUUAAAACUAGGCGACCGCCCCACCAGACUUUAAUUGUGCCACAGAAACAGUUAAAAGUUCUAGUUAAUGUGAUUAUAGUGCUCAACAAUGGCUGCAGCGUUCGACUCGCCCAAAUACCACAACAGUUUAAUUUGCUGCAGCCCACGAACGGCGGACGCUUACUCGAAAUCAUCCUCGUCGACCUCGGGUUGUGUCUCUGCUGAUGAAAGCUACGAUUCCUUAAAUCAAGUACCGAAAACGAUAGCGAUUAAAAAACUAAAGAUCCACAGCACAGCAACGAAGGAAGAAGUCGAAAAGGCGAUAAAACAGUGCAAGGAACUAAUUUUAAACAGCCAACAGUGCUCCGAUGAGCGUAAAUGGCUGGUUAGAUAUCUAGUCGAACUGCGAUUACGUUUAGAAGAUAUUAAGGAUACUGACGGACAACCUAGAUUAGGCGUAUGUAUAAAAGGUCACCAUUUUAAGCAACAAACGACGCCUCAGAACAGAAAACAGUACUGCGACCAUUGCAGUGGUGUAAUAUGGAGUAUUGUACAAAGCUCAUACAUUUGCAGCGACUGUGGGUAUUUAAGUCAUUACAAAUGUGUAGACUACAUUUGCAGGGUUUGUGCGCAUGUUGUUAUGACUGACAGGGGGCAGUUAGAGAUGGAUAUCUGUCCGGAAAAAGGUUUAGCAACUCAAGACUAUAAAUGUGCGGAAUGUGCAACCGCGCUCACAUUUAAAGACGCUUGGAACGAGCCAAGGCUAUGUGACUACACUGGCUUGUAUUUCUGCGCAACUUGCCAUUGGAAUGAUCAAUCAGCGAUACCUGCUAGAGUUGUACACAAUUGGGACUGGGACAAGCAUUAUGUAUCACGUCUCGCCUUCCAGAUGUUAAAUCUAGCUUGGAAUCUGCCUUACAUAGAUAUAGAGAGCAUUAAUCCGAAGCUGUUCAACUUUAUAGCGGAACUUGAAUGGGUGCAUAAGAUGCGGAAAGACCUUGAGUGGAUGAGGAGAUACUUAUGUGCCUGUUCAGAAGGCUCCGCUCUUCUUUCACCGUUAUUUAUGCAGCUAGGAGAUAUAAAUAAGAAGUACAGUAUGGCACAUUUGCAAGCAAUUAAUGAUGGGACUCUAGAAACGCAACUAACAGAGUUGACGGAAGUCUGCCGCACUCACAUAACCAACUGCAGUUUAUGCUCAGGGAAGGGCUAUUUAUGUGAAAUAUGUAGUAACAAUGAGAUUCUCUAUCCGUUUGACAGCGGGGCCAUAAUGUGUAACAAAUGUAACACCAUGCUUCACCGAGUCUGCUGGCUCCGCAAGGGACAGAAGUGCCCCAAAUGUGUCCGUUUAGACGAACGUAAAAAACUACAUGUAGUUACCGACGAAGCUGACACAACCGCUGAACAUGAAUAUGACAUAGACAAAUUCGUUGAAUGAUUUGACAUUAACAUUUUAUUUUGUACAUUAUUUUGCCAAACUAACAUUUAUUAAGUCAUUGGACUUGCAAAACAUACAUAGAAUUUUGUAAUAUAACAUUAAUUAAUGGUGCUGUACAUUUUAGCAAUAAAAUAUGUUCAUAGCUUUAAAUAAAUGGCGUAAUUAAUUAUAAAAAGAGGUUCACAAUUUGGCAUUACUCGCAAUUUUAGCUUCCUCAAAUAUAGUUUAGACUAAAAUAUUAACUC